AUGUUGGCAUUGCGGUUAUUGCGAUAUAAAGACAUACCUGGAGCCAUCUUCCUUGAGUACACAGCUUUUGAACUCAUCCAAUCCGUAGCAGCAGCAAUCCUAGCAAGAACAGGAACGGCUCAAGACUUCUGCUCUCUCUCAGAAUCUGUUUCAGCUCUCAUCAUAAGCAGGGCCUUUAGCUUAUAUAGGGCUAGGUCAAGUGGUCUCUACUCAUCACCGAGGGCCGACUUGACUUAUCUUCCAAGCCCACUUAAUCGGUUCACGCAAAAAUGA